AUGGAAGUCUCCCUUGCACAGUUUUUCGAUCAAAGAGCGAAGAUCGUAAGCGCCCUAGAUGAAUAUGGCGCUAACGUCUGUGAACAUGGAUUCCGGUAUUAUAGCGACAUUGCAACAUCUCUACAAUCGGAAAUAUACGAUAUCGCCUCCUUAGUACUUACCCUGAGUCAUACUGCUACGUUGAAGUCGGCACACUGUGCCCAAGAAAGACUUUCCCGCAUUAUUUCCUGUCUAGGCAGUCUUCGUGAAACGCUGGUACUUUUUCGCGAUUCGGACCCUGGAGAAGUUAUGGAACUUCUUUAUAUGGUCAGUCGACAGGUGGGGAGGAUUAGGCUGCUGGGCGUUAUUGAUCCGUACGCGGAUGGAAUGGAUCAGCAUAUUAAGGAGUUGAAUGGUACUUAUGGAGCUAGGGGUCUGUCGGGACAAAGUCGCCAACGUCAGUGGUGGGCGAGGAAUAAUUGGAGGGUUUUGAAUUUCGGCGAUUCGCACUGUGAUUGUUCUCAUUGUAGAGGACACCGGGAGAAUAGGAAGCUUGAGGUUUGA